GCAGUCCCCUCAUGGCUGCGGCGGGCGGGCCUGGGCCCACCUGUGUGCUGGGCAUUGACCUGGGCACGACGUCGGUGAAGGCAGCGCUGGUGACAGGGACAGAGCGAGGGCUGGCGCUGGCACAGAGCUGCUCCAGGGAGACGCAGGCACACAGCGAUAGCCCGGGAGCUGCAGCGCAGGGAAUGGAGCAGCAUGUCCAGAAAAUCAUAAGAGCAUUGAAUGAAUGCCUUGCUGCUCUGCCUCAGCAGCAGCUUCAGCAAGUCACCCACAUUGGUAUUUCUGGACAAAUGCAUGGGGUUGUGUUUUGGAAAAGUGAUAAAGGGUGCAAGUGGUCAGAGAGUGGCACAGGCCCUGCCUUUGAGCCAGACAAGGUCAGCCACCUGGUCACCUGGCAGGACGGGCGCUGCAGCCCCACCUUCCUCACUUCCCUUCCUCUGCCUCAGUCACACGUGAGCCUGGCUACAGGAUUUGGAUGUGCCACAGUCUUCUGGUAUUCAAAGAACAGUCCAGAUUUUCUGAAGGCUUAUGAUGCAGCUGGCACCAUCCAGGACUAUGUGGUUGCCAUGCUGUGUGACCUGAAGAAGCCACUGAUGUCUGUCCAGAAUGCUGCCAGCUGGGGAUAUUUUAACUGCAGAAACAAGAGCUGGAAUACUGACAUACUGAAAAAAUCUGGCUUUCCUGUCCACUUGCUUCCAGAGGUGGGAGACCCUGGCAGUAUUGCAGGCAGGACAACCUGUGCAUGGCAUGGAAUACCCAAAGGAGCAAAAGUGGGAAUUGCUCUGGGAGAUUUCCAGUGCUCUGUUUAUUCCUGUCUGACUGAGAGGACUGAUGCAGUUCUUAAUAUCAGCACCUCUGCUCAGCUGACCAUCUCAAUGCCCCUGGGUUUCCAGCCUCCAGAGGCACCAGAUCCUUCCUCAGCUGUCACUUAUUUUCCCUACUUCAAUGGUGACUACUUGGCAGUGGCAGCAUCACUCAAUGGAGGGAAUGUGCUUGCAACGUUUGUGGGAAUGGUGGCACAGUGGGCACAAGAGCUGGGAUUUCAGGUUCAGGAAUCUGCCAUCUACCCAAGGAUAAUCCAAGCAGCCUUGGCCCAAAAGCACAGCAAGCUCUCAGUCCACCCAACCCUAUUUGGAGAGAGACACCUUCCUGAGCUGCUGGCAUCAGUGAGCAGCAUUGGUGCCUCUGAGCUGUCCCUGGGCCAUGUCACCAGAGCCCUGUGCCGUGGCCUCGUGGAGAACCUGUGCUCCAUGCUACCUGUGCAGCACCUGGAGGAGGUGGGGGUCAGGAGGAUCCUGGGCAGUGGCAGUGCCCUUGCCAGGAACGAGGUGCUGAGGCAGGAAGUGGAGAGGAUUUUUCCAUUCCCCGUGGUUUAUGGGAAGGAUGUGGAUGCUGCUGUGGGGGCAGCUAUGGUGAUGUUCCAUAGUAAAUAAAGUCAUUAUUUGGAAUGGCCUGA